GUUUAAAUUAAGCGUUUUACACUAAUAUUAUUAUGUUAUAAUUUAUUUAAUAAAUGGGGUAUUUGAAUGCGUCAUUAAUAUCCAAAAAAUAGAAAUUUAUUUCAUUACGAUGGUAUUCAUAACGAAAGAAAAAUUUUCAAUUAUAAGACGCGCAAUGAAACAUUUUUGAUGAGAAAUCACCUUAAGCUUUCUUAGAAACUCGCACACGCAUUUAUAAUAUUUAAAAAACAUAUCAACGCUAUCGCAGAGUUCGCCCUAAUAAAGAUGGCUGCAAUUAACGUGGAAUGUGUCGAUUUUUUAGAAUUUCAGGAUACGUUAAAGAAAAUGAGACAAUUCGAUGAUAAAAUUAUUUACAAGUUAAAUGAGACUAUUCCAACUGAAUCAUUUAAAGGGCAAGUAAAUUUAUCGUCGAAGUGUGAAAGAUUAUUUGAAGAAGUACAAAAUAGUCAUAUACAAAGAGAAAGUGCUAUAAAUAAAUGUUUAAUCGCUGCCAAAGAAAGAGUGAAAUAUUUGAAGAAUCAAAAAGACAGUCAAGGAGAUGAUCCAAUAUUUAUAAAAAAUUUAAGAAAAGAACAGACUAACUUACGUUUACUACAAUCAGAGCUCAGCGUUGAAGAAGUUUUGAAAAACCGUACAAUGAACGCUUUUCAUGAUAAGUGUCGUGGUUAUUACAAACCAACGAAUUUAUCCUCAUAGAAUUUCAUUUAAUAGAAUUCUUCCGCAUGAUGUAUGAUUUGUAUUAAAAAAAAAAAAGUAAUGUAUGUAAUAGUUAUUACAAUAAAGAGUAUAUGGUUUGUGAAUUAAAAGAGAUCACUAUGGAAGAAUUCUUCUUUCUCUUGUUACAAUGUACAAGUUACUUAAUUGUAUAAUAAAGAAGUUAAAGUUUAAUUAAUGUAGAUAAUGAAAAUAUGAUUAUAUGCUUUUGUGAAAAAAGUUAAUCUUUUUAUAAACGAUGAUAUGAUUGGAAACUACAAACAAAUAUAAAUUGUUUUGUUAUAUAUACACA